AUGGGGGGCCUACUUAUGCUCAGAGUGGCUGUGGGCAUAUGCUGUGUAACCUUCGGUGCCUCCGCUUGGUCAGUGAACAAUUUCCUGAUAACAGGGCCCAAGGCCUAUCUGACCUAUACCACCAGUGUGGCCCUGGGCGCCCAGAGUGGCAUCGAGGAGUGCAAAUUCCAAUUUGCUUGGGAACGCUGGAACUGCCCUGAAAAUGCUCUCCAGCUCUCCACUCACAACAGGCUAAGAAGUGCUACCAGGGAGACUUCUUUCAUUCACGCUAUCAGCUCUGCUGGAGUCAUGUACACCAUCACCAAGAACUGUAGCAUGGGUGACUUUGAAAACUGUGGCUGUGAUGAGUCAAAAAAUGGUAAAACAGGAGGCCAUGGCUGGAUCUGGGGAGGUUGUAGUGACAAUGUUGAAUUUGGGGAAAGAAUCUCCAAACUCUUUGUGGACAGCCUGGAGAAGGGGAAGGAUGCCAGAGCCCUGAUGAAUCUUCAUAACAACAGGGCAGGCAGGCUGGCAGUGAGAGCCACCAUGAAGAGAACUUGCAAAUGUCACGGCAUCUCGGGCAGCUGUAGCAUCCAGACAUGCUGGCUACAGCUAGCUAACUUCAGGGAGUUGGGCAACUACCUAAAGGCCAAGUACGAACGGGCACUGAAAAUUGAGAUGGAUAAACGGCAGCUAAGGGCUGGGAACAGUGCCGAGGGCCACUGGGUACCCACCGAGGCCUUCCUUCCUAGUGCAGAAGCUGAGCUGAUCUUUUUAGAGGAAUCGCCUGAUUACUGUACCCGCAAUUCCAGCUUGGGCAUCUAUGGCACAGAAGGUCGGGAGUGUCUGCAGAACAGCCGCAAUACAUCCAGAUGGGAGCAAUGCAGCUGUGGGCGCUUGUGCACAGAAUGCGGCCUGCAGGUGGAAGAGAGAAGAACUGAGGCUAUCAGCAGCUGUAACUGCAAAUUCCAGUGGUGCUGCACGGUCAAGUGUGACCAGUGUAGGCAUGUAGUGAGCAAAUACUACUGCACGCGCUCCCCAGGCAGUGCUUGGUCCUGGGGCAAGGGCAGUGCCUGA